GCUCGUUCGCGUUGACGUAGUCAGUUUCACACUGAACUCUGCUGAUUUUAGGAGUGAACACCGGGGUUGAGACUGCUAGAGAAUGGUGGGCCUCCGCAGGGGCACGUGAGACACAAUUCGAAUUCAGGACGGUUGAAAUCGACGCGGCUCCGCUUAAGACGGUCCAGAUGACAGACCCACCGGCCGGCCAAAUGAACGCUUUUCCGCCGAGGCUCUGAACGACUUCAGCUGCUAUCCGGUUACAUUUUGGGGGAAGGACGUGAACCAGCCCCCGAGACGGACAUUCACACGCCAAGAGGAAGUCUCGAAAGACCGCAGGCUCUUAAAGAGGCGUCACAGCACUUACCAGACACACAGGAAAAACACCGAAAAAUCGCUGCUUUUGUCGCGUUUCUGUGGAUUAUUGUUGCGGGUGGCGUUUUUCAAACUGGUACCACCCUACCACCGAAGCAAAAACCCUGAAAAUCGAGCUUUGACCUUUUCAGUUCUACUGAAAGUUUUCAGUACUGUCUUUAAUCAGCAACCCAGUGGCCUGUAUUGGCUGAACUGCAGAUUAUUCACUGUGACUUUAAGCCCAGUUUCGUGAUAAAGUUACAUAUACACGUGUUCUGUUUACUUCCAAAUUAGACAUUCCAAAGUGGAAGUCUUAAAGAAAAAGCCCUUGUAUUUCACUUUUCAAACCUUUAUCCUUAUCAAACUUUUUUUCUUUUUGGAGGCUAGUAACCAUUUAUGAACGGUAUACAAGAUGGGGAAGAUGCUGUCAAAGAUAUUUGGUAACAAAGAGAUGAGAAUAUUGAUGCUCGGACUGGAUGCCGCAGGAAAAACCACCAUCCUUUAUAAGUUGAAACUCGGCCAGUCUGUGACCACCAUCCCAACUGUCGGUUUCAACGUGGAAACUGUCACCUACAAAAACGUCAAGUUCAACGUGUGGGACGUGGGUGGACAAGAUAAGAUCCGUCCCCUCUGGCGACACUAUUACACAGGCACGCAGGGGUUAAUUUUUGUGGUGGAUUGUGCUGAUAGAGAUCGCAUCGACGAAGCCAGGCAAGAACUCCACCGCAUCAUCAACGACCGCGAGAUGCGGGACGCCAUCAUUUUGAUUUUCGCCAACAAGCAAGACCUGCCGGACGCCAUGAAGCCACACGAGAUCCAGGAGAAGCUGGGACUGACACGCAUCCGGGAUAGGAAUUGGUACGUGCAGCCGUCGUGCGCGACCACCGGUGACGGACUGUACGAAGGCUUAACUUGGUUAACAUCUAACUACAAGUCUUAAUGACACUGGCACUGACUGUUUAGGACAAAUAAACUCAAUAUGGGGAAAAUCACACUCUCCACCGAAUAUUCGUGCUGUUUUGAUUUAGAGUUAACAUUUAUUUUUGGUUCGUUUUCAAACGGCCCUCUUUGAAACAACGUAAUGGGUUUGGCUUGCUUUUAGUUUCCUGUAUACUGUGACACACACC